UUCCCAUACAAGCAGGUUUGGACAUGUCAGAAGCGUUCGUCACACUGGUCACCAACGACGGGUACGCGCUGGGCGCACUGGUGCUCGCCAAGUCAUUGCGCGAUGUCAACACGACACGCAAGAUUGCAGUGCUCAUCACAAACGAAGUGUCCGAGCCCACCCGCAACCGCCUGCGCGAGGCAUUCGACGUCGUGUCGCUGGUGAACGAACUCAACACACACGAUGCUGCCAAUCUCGCGCUGCUGGGGCGUCCUGAGCUUGGUGUCACGCUGACCAAGAUCUACGCAUGGAAGCUCACCCAAUUUACCAAGUGCGUCUUCCUGGAUGCCGACACGCUCGUUGUGCAGAAUGUUGAUGAGCUCUUUGAUCGCCCUGAAAUCGCAGCAGCACCCGACGUGGGCUGGCCCGAUUGCUUCAACUCGGGUGUCUUUGUCUUUGUCCCGUCUGCUGCUACGUUCGAGAAGCUUGCUGAACACGCCGUGAGCACUGGCUCAUUCGAUGGCGGUGACCAAGGUCUGCUCAACACCUUCUUUGAUUACUGGCCUACUGCCGGUCCCGAGCAUCGCCUUUCCUUCCUCUACAACAUGAAUGCCAACCAAAGCUACAGCUACAAGCCGGCGUUCCAGAAGUAUGGUCACUUGGUGAAGAUUAUCCACUUUAUUGGCCAGUUCAAGCCGUGGCAUUGGGCUCGCACCUCCAGCGGACGCGUUUAUGCUCAAACGCAAGAGGCCCCCACUCACUCCGAGUUCCACGUGCAGCAAUGGUGGAACGUUUUCGACCGUCAUUACUCGACUUCGGCUCCUCCGGUCAGCCUCGCCGCUCUUCCGAUCGGCUUUAGUGGCAACGUGAUGCGUAUCCAGCAUGGAGAGGCUCUCCCGCCCCGCACUGCGCCCUCUGGCCCGCAGUAUCUUGCGGAUUAUGGACGCUCUGGCAGCUCGCCUGCUCCCGCAAAGCAGUAUGACUUUUCCAACAUCCUCCAUCGGCUGGAUGUCCUGAUUCCAGACAAGUUCCAUGCCACCGGUGAGGCUGGAAAGGCGCCGCAGUCGCCCGUCUACUCGAGCCAAGCGACCGAGCAGCUCCAAGAAAUCUCUGCCACGGCAUCCAAACUUCACAGCCAGAUUGCUGAACUCGAGAGCGGCAUCCAAGCCGGCCGCUAUGCAAACCCUUCCCUGGCCAGCGCCGUCCAUCAAGAAGUUAACACUGCUGUCAACGAACUGGCCGAGAAGCUCCGCUCGAGCUCAACAAAGUAAACGAGCAGGGUAUCGGAUUUGGUUUUCCAGUGUUUGUCGUCUGUUGUCCGUUGAAGGGGUUUUUCUCUCCUGUUGCAUUUUGCUUUUCGUUCUUGUUUCUCAUUGAUGAUGGCCUUCGAGCUUGAAUCCUCACCAAAGUGUGAUCUCAUCCAUUACAACAUUUCAAACAAAUUCCCUUUCCC